CUACCUGACAAGAAAAAGAAGCUUUUCCAGAUAGGAAGAAAAAAGAGAGAGAGACGCACUGAAAUAUUUGAAGCAGAUCAGAGCCCACUUUCAUUCAUUCAUUGCUGCUAUCUAUUCAUGUUUCCAUUUCUUCUUCUUCCCCUCACCUCACUUUACUUCACCAUUGCCAUCUCUCUGUGUGUGAUUUGAAGCAAGAAGGAGGAGAAGAAGAAGAUGGAUCCAUGCCCAUUUGUACGUUUAAUCAUCGAGUCAAUGGCGGUUAAGCUCCCCUCCGCCACUAAACCGGCCGGUCCAGGAGUUCACCCCUCCACCACUCCCUGCUACGCCAAGCUGAAGCUCAAGAAUUUCCCUUCCCAGAUCGCCAUUCUCCCGCUCUGCCCCGCAGCCGCGAAGGACUCGUCUCCGCCGGACUCCUGCGCCUCCGCCGCCGCGUUCCACCUCGACCCGCCCACCCUCAAGCGCCUCUCCGGCAAGCCGGUGGCCUUAAAAGUGUCCGUUUUCACGGGGCGGAUGGGGCGGAGCUGUGGGGUCACGUGCGGGAAGCUGCUCGGGGAAGUGCACGUGAGCGUUGAUCUGACUGGGGCGGAGUCGAGGCCCGUGGUGUUCCAGAACGGGUGGACCAAGCUCGGCGGCGAACCGGUGCUGCAUUUGGUCGUCCGGUCCGAACCGGACCCCCGGUUCGUUUUUCAGUUCGAGGGUGAGCCGGAGUGCAGCCCCGUGGUUUUCCAGAUCCAGGGGAAUAUCCGGCAGCCGGUUUUUAGCUGCAAAUUCAGCGCCGAGAGAAACAACCGUACACGAUCUCUGCCGUCGGAUUUUACCUUAAAGAACAGAGGGUGGAUGAGGACAUUUUCCGGCGAAACCUGCAGGGAAAAACCUGGGAGGGAUCGAAAGGGGUGGAUGAUAAUAAUCUACGAUCUCUCAGGCUCAUCUGUCGCCGCCGCUUCAAUGAUAACUCCGUUCGUUCCAUCCCCGGGAUCCGACCGCGUUUCCCGAUCCAACCCCGGCGCGUGGCUGAUCCUCCGGCCCAACGGCAGCUCCGUGAGCAGCUGGAAGCCGUGGGGGCGGCUUGAAGCGUGGCGCGAGCGAGGGCCCGUGGACGGGCUCGGCUACAAAUUCGAGCUGGUUUCGGACACGGGCUUGAACAACGGGGCGCCCAUUGCAGAGGGCACCAUGAAUGUGAAGAAAGGCGGGAUUUUCUGCAUAGACAAUGCUCAGAGGAAACAGUCGGCGAUUAGGGGAUUUGUGAUGAGUUCGAGCGUUGAAGGUGAAGGGAAAAAUGGGUGCCCGUGGGUUCAGGUUGGGGUGAAACACGUGACGUGCAUGCCCGACGCGGCUCUGUUUGUUGCGGUUUCGGCCGCCAUUGAUCUUAGCAUGGAUGCUUGCAAGCUUUUCUCCCAGAAACUCAGGAAGGAGCUUUGCCAUGACUACUCUUUCUCUUAAUUAAAUUAAACCACCUUUUCAUCAUCAUCUUCGAUCUGCAACAAAUCUUUUUGGCCAUUGGUCUGAGCAUGAAUUGAAGAUCAGAUGUGCAUAGUACAAUUAACUCUUUUUCUCAGUUCUUCAAGGAAUUCGAUGCAACCCAAACCCUGCACUAAGGAGAGAACUGAUUCUUGACAUUAUAUUACUCCGUAUUCUCUAGGUAGCUUAUACUAUACAUUCUCAAUUUUUUCAAUGUAUGAGUGUGACCUGGAUUGAUCUGAUCUGAUCUGAUGAGUGGAUAGAUAGGCAAGUUAUUCGGGGAUUUUUUUUUAUUUUUUUAUUUUUUCUUUUUUGGCUUCAGUGUACCAUAAAUAUGAAGUUUGUAACAGUUUGUGUAUUACAGAUUGAUGACAUUGUACAGACAAACACUGAGCAUUUUGUUUGUCAAAAUUUAUUAAUUUAUCAUAUUCUAUAUUUGAUCCAA